GCGCUCUUCGUGAGCGAUAAACGAACCAGCGAAGCGUUGCCUGCUGCUGUUCAGCGUGUGCUAACACGCCGCGUCGGAGCAGUCGCAGCAGUCGAAGGUCGGCGCCACGGCGAAGCGGGCUAAACAGUGCGCAGUGAGAGCAGUCAUGUUUUUCAAGACUGUUUUGUCCGUUGUCCGCUCGAAUCGGGUCCCAUGGCUGCUGAGACGGAGUCUGGCUAGUACGACAGUGGCGGGACUUCAGUCGAAACAAGCAGUUGUUCUCAAGGCGUGUGCUACGACGAUGUGCCGUUCCAUGUAUACCGGUCCCUGUAUUGUGGGCACUCGACCUGUGACAACGUCGAGUGUCAACUUCCAGGACCUAAGCUAUGAAGACCUCAAGGCUCUGCUGCAAGGCGGCGACAUACAACUAAUUGAUGUGCGUGAACCUGCAGAGGUGGCUGCCUCCGGCAAAAUUGGCAAUGCCAUCAACAUUCCAUUGGGACAAGUGAAAGACGCUCUCCUCAUGACCGAGGAGGCCUUCCAGAGAACCUACCAUGCACAGAAACCCCAAAGUUAUGACCACAACAUUGUGUUCUACGGCCUUGGCCCCAUCAAGAGCCAUGCUGCACUCAAGCUCGCUCACAAAGCCGGCUAUACACAUGCCCGGGAGUACAGCGCCGGCUGGGAGGAUUACCAAGCAAAGAAGGGCAGGUAAUCCCUGCCUUCACCACCAUUCUCUUGUUCCAGGAAAGCCCACAGAAGUCAUCUUAGGCCUUGCUAGGCAGUCUUCCAAUGCCAAUCUUUACUGCAUUAUCAUACAGAUGGUAUUGCGAUUUAAGUUCUUAAAUAAAGCGAAUCGUUUACACAUUUUGCAA